AUGGGGCGCGGAAGCUCCUGCAUGUGGAAUAAGCUUGUCCGAAUUCAUCGCGAGCGCCCAGCACUGUCGUACGGCAUACGUGUUGCGUUGUUCUCAGGCGAGAGCGAGUUAGCCAUUGGCGGAAGGGCUGACGAAGUUGACGAGGUCGACGAGCCUGAGCGUCAAACGGGUUCACCAAAUUCUGUGCGUAAAACAUGGACCUGCGGGGGGAGGAUCGCAAGGACGUCUGCAGGCCCCGCUGUUCAAAGGCUCCUCAUCCCUAGCCCCAUUCAUGUUUCAGUUGAUGUGGCUGGGAAGUCUAAGCUGCUCUGA